CGACGGGAAGUGCUCAUACGUCACUUCCGGAGGCGCCUGCAGGAUUAGUCCGCCGGGUAAAGGGCGCAUCGGCAUUCGGCUGCUGCUGCGGGUGGUCAGCCGCUUCCUGAGUCACUGCGCGCGGAGCUGCUCCAGUCAUUAGACCGAGCUAGCUGGACAGUAAAGAUGGAUUUCUCCAAACUUCCCAAAGUACGUGAUGAAGACAGAGAGGAUGCCUUUGGCUAUGUCUUUGGAGUUUCAGGACCUGUUGUCACUGCCUGCAACAUGGCAGGUGCAGCUAUGUAUGAAUUGGUACGAGUUGGCCACUGUGAACUUGUCGGAGAAAUUAUCCGGCUGGAGGGGGACAUGGCAACUAUUCAGGUAUAUGAGGAAACCUCUGGUGUUUCUGUAGGAGACCCCGUACUUCGUACUGGCAAGCCCCUCUCGGUGGAGCUUGGCCCCGGAAUCAUGGGAGCCAUUUUUGACGGUAUUCAGAGGCCUCUGUCAGACAUCAGCACUCAAACCCAGAGCAUUUACAUCCCCAGAGGUGUAAAUGUGACAGCUCUGAGCAAAGAUAUCAAAUGGGACUUUUCACCUGUCAAAAACCUGCGGGUCGGCAGUCAUAUCACAGGCGGUGAUAUUUAUGGCAUAGUGAUUGAAAACUCUCUUAUCAAACACAAGAUCAUGUUGCCCCCACGAAACAGGGGUACGGUGACGUACAUUGCUCCACCUGGGAAUUAUGACACAUCUGAUGUUGUGUUGGAGCUGGAGUUUGAGGGAGUGAAGGAGAAAUUCACCAUGGUCCAGAUCUGGCCUGUACGGCAAGUACGCCCUGUCACAGAAAAGUUGCCCGCCAAUCAUCCUCUCUUAACUGGUCAGAGAGUCCUUGAUGCACUCUUUCCGUGUGUUCAAGGAGGGACGACGGCUAUUCCUGGGGCUUUUGGCUGCGGAAAGACUGUGAUUUCUCAGUCUCUAUCCAAAUAUUCCAACAGUGAUGUUAUCAUAUAUGUAGGCUGUGGGGAACGAGGAAAUGAAAUGUCUGAAGUCCUCAGAGACUUCCCAGAGCUCACAAUGGAGGUUGAUGGUAAGGUCGAAAGCAUUAUGAAGAGAACUGCUCUGGUAGCAAACACCUCCAACAUGCCUGUCGCUGCCAGGGAAGCUUCCAUCUACACUGGGAUCACCUUGUCUGAGUAUUUCCGCGACAUGGGCUACAAUGUCAGUAUGAUGGCUGACUCUACAUCCCGAUGGGCGGAAGCCCUUCGAGAAAUUUCGGGACGCCUCGCUGAGAUGCCUGCUGAUAGCGGUUAUCCAGCCUAUCUCGGCGCCCGCUUGGCUUCUUUCUACGAACGGGCCGGCAGAGUGAAGUGUCUGGGGAACCCAGAGAGGGAAGGGAGCGUCAGCAUUGUGGGAGCUGUAUCUCCUCCAGGCGGUGACUUCUCUGACCCUGUUACUUCUGCUACCCUGGGUAUCGUUCAGGUGUUCUGGGGCUUGGAUAAGAAGCUUGCUCAGCGUAAGCACUUCCCAUCUGUGAAUUGGCUGAUCAGCUACAGCAAGUACACGCGCGCUCUAGACGAGUACUAUGACAAGCACUUCCCAGAGUUUGUCCCCUUGAGGACUAAAGCAAAGGAGAUCUUGCAGGAAGAGGAGGAUCUUGCAGAGAUUGUACAGCUGGUGGGGAAGGCUUCCUUGGCAGAAACAGACAAAAUUACAUUGGAAGUUGCCAAGCUCAUUAAAGAUGACUUCCUGCAACAGAAUGGCUACACCUCAUAUGACAGGUUCUGCCCAUUUUAUAAGACAGUGGGAAUACUGUCCAACAUGAUUGCGUUUUAUGAUAUGGCACGUCGAGCAGUUGAGACCACUGCCCAGAGUGACAAUAAGAUCACUUGGGCCAUCAUCAGAGAGAACAUGAAUGAGAUUCUUUACCGACUCUCAUCAAUGAAAUUCAAGGACCCAGUGAAAGACGGAGAGGCAAAGAUCAAAGCAGACUACGCCCAGCUCUUUGAAGACAUGCAGAACGCAUUCCGCAGUUUGGAAGACUAGAGUCACGACUCUCCUGGAGCCCCACUUGAGUGUGUUCCUCAUCUCCGCCAUCUUGCUUUUCCAUGGAUAGAAGAUGUACACUUCACUGAAGACUUCCUUUUAUCUUUGAAAACAUUCCCAUUUAGUUUGAUAGCUGUGUGUUUGUGUGUGUGUAAAUCUGAGCUUAAGAGCGUAAAACAGGUCCCUCUGAGGUUGAAAGUCUCCUUUACCAGAUUUGACCUCUUAGCCGGCAGUUUCCCAUUCUUUGGAAGAGAACCAAGGGAGCUCAAGAGUUUAUCUGGGAGAGAA